AGAAAACAUCCACAAGAAACACUAUAGACUACCGUACCGGUAGCUCACAACCAAGCAACGGCCGAUCACUACAGUACAGCCAUGAUGGAAUCACUCCCCGCACCUCCAGCUGCGACACCUCGAAGUGAAUCCGAUUUCCAGAACUGGAAGUCGGUCAAAAAGCAUCGUUCCCCCGCCUUUCGAGAUGUUCCUUCCAAUGAGAGAAGAGGACAUUCAUGCUUUGGCUGCCUCUGUGAUAUGCGGCGCGCAGUCAUCGCAUGCAACGCUGUAAGCCUUGUCUUUGCUCUAGUCGAAAUCGUCGCGGCCAUCACGCUUCUGGCACUCUACGAGGAACUUGAAACAAAGAAUGAUGAUCAAGAUGGCACUGUCGGAGCAUCCUCUGUAGAAUGGUUUCGAUUCAAUAAUCAUGAGAUGUCCAAAACGAUACUUGGAAUCGCGCUGGGCUUUGGCCUUCUCUCCACUGUGUUCUUUUCACUGGGGAUCCGGGGUGCGAAGCAAUACGACACAAGCCUGGUAGGCAGUGCACUCUUCUAUUACUGUGUGAAUGUGAUUGCCAACUUGAUUCUCUUGAGUCCACUGGGGGUGCUAUUUGCAGGUCUCGCUGUGUACCCUCAUAUCAUGCUCUACCUGGAACUCCGAAAUGGCAUCAUGAGUGAAGAGAACUAUAUAAACGAAAGGAACACCUGCUGCUUGGUAUAAUAUUUCCAGCUUCUAUCACUACAAUCAUUCUUUCAUUGGUCCAAACAUUGCUCUCAG